AUGGGUCGGAAGAGAAGAAAGGAGCCGAAACAAUUGAAAGUUGGCGACUUUGUGUUCGCCAAAGUGCGUGGUUUUCGCGCUUGGCCAGCACGUGUUCUGCAGGAGGAGGGUAACAUGUAUCAAGUCUACUUCUAUGGUACUUGCAACAUUGCCAAAGUUCGUGCCACUCAGCUCUUCGACUACGAAAAGAGCAAAGUACGAUUUGGCCAGCUGAAUCAGAAAAAAUACGGUUUAUUUCGAGAGGCCAUGCAGCACGCGGAGAAGUCUCUGGCCCAUCCAGGUGACGAUCAGGGCUACUUUGAGGCAAAGGCUGAAAAGUCCGUCGAGCAGUCUUCGGCAUCAACUACACCCAAGGACUUGAGAAAGGUGUCAGGGAAGGUGAUUCUGCCAUUUAUACAUAUAACCGGCGACUCGGAUUAG